AUGGUAGUGAGACCUUUCAGAGCUGGGACUUCCAAUUAUUUUGUUUAUUUUGUUCGAUCAGAUUCAUUUAGAGUUCCAGAUGUCAUUCAACCUUAGAAGGGAAUAACUUUAGAAAUAUUAAAUACAGAUGCUGAAUAGAGAUUGAUACUGGCUGAUGCUAUGUCAUAUGCAUAAUAUGAGUUUGAGAUUUAAGAAAAUAUCGAAUUAUCAACACUUACUGGCAUAAUUAAAAAUGUUUUGGGUAGCUGUUGUGAGUGUUUACGAAUUGGUAGGGAUGAUUUUCAUUAUUACAGAUAGUGGAGAAAAUCACCUUAGAACCUUUCUGAGUUUUGCCAAUUGAUUAAAGGAAGUAUUGCUGUUAUCAAUAACUCUAGUUCUGGUAAAGUGGGAACAUCUCCAGCGGCCGCAUUUUUAGAAUGUUUUGUUGAAAAGAAGGUAAGAUUGUUGCAUUGUGAUGUAUCUUCUGUGUGA